AUGUCUCAUCGCCUUCAGCAACUCGAUCUGAGGCACACCUUUCUCGUUGUGAUCAAUGGCGUGAAAUUCAUAGGCCAUCAGACAUCUUCUGAUCCGUUUCACAUAAUCAGCAAUCUCACCUGGCCCAAAUUCACUUUUCUCGCCAUAACUUUUUUCUUCUUCUCCUUCACCUCCUUCAUUGUCCCCCUCUCUCCUACUUCACUCAAUCAUCUUCAACGCGAAUUACACGUUCGAGUCGGAACUUUCUCACCCACUUUCGCCAUCUUAUUGGUGGCCUCACUUCUCUUUCCCCAGAAGCUCUUUUGGUACGCGUAUCCGAUUAUCAUCUUCCUUUCGUUUUGUUCUACUAGGCUUUCCAAUCUGUUCAUGAGCUUUCUGUUGUGGGCACAAGAUAAUCUCUGUGAGAAUAUUCAUGCUUUGAACUGUAUCAUCACUGCGACGUGUGCUGUUGGCCCAAACCAAGAAGCCACCCAGAUUCAUCAAGCUGGUCAGGAGAUUGAAAUGGCGUAUCCGUAUCCCCAACAGGAAGAGUCAGAUAAUUUUGAAGAUGGAGUUAUUCAGUUGGAUAUUCAAGCCCUGUAG